AUGUCUCGCCAGUCCUGCGCUCUCGGCAAGGGCUUCAGCUCCAGCUCCGUGUGCUUCGGGGGCAGGAACAAGGUCACGUUCGGCUCCGUGCCCCGCGGAGGAUGCCGAGGAUCUGGCGGCGCCGGCGGCUUCAGCAGCAGGAGCCUCUAUUCCCUGGGGGGCAGUAAAAGCACAUCCCUGGGAGGAUUUGGGGGUGCUGGAGGCGCCUGCAGAGGCUUUGGUGGGCAAGGAGGCUUCGGCUUUGGGGCCGGAGCGGGAUUCGGGGGCGGCUAUGGCGCAGGGUGCUUCGGUGGAGGCCUCGGCAGCGGCUUCGGUGGAGGAUUCGACGGCGGGAUGGGGAGCUUCCCCCCGUGCCCCCCGGGCGGCAUCAGGGAGGUGACCAUCAACCAGAGCCUGCUGGCCCCCCUCAACCUGGAGAUUGACCCCGAGAUCCAGAAGGUUCGGACGCAGGAGCGGGAGGAGAUCCGGAAACUCAACGACAAAUUCGCCUCCUUCAUCGACAAGGUCCGGUUCCUGGAGCAGCAGAACCGAGUCCUGGAGACCAAGUGGAAGCUGCUGCAGGAGCAGGGCGGGGCAGGGCCGGGGGGCAGGAGCCUGGACCCUUUCUUUGAGACCUACAUCAGCGGGCUGAGGAAGCAGCUGGAUUGUCUCUCCAGCGAGAAGCUCCAGCUGGAGACGGAGCUGAAGAGCUUCCAGGACAUGGUGGAGGACUUCAAGACAAAGUACGAGGAGGAGAUAAACAAAAGGACGGCAGCUGAGAAUGAUUUCGUGCUCCUGAAGAAGGACGUGGAUGGAGUCUACAUGACCAAGGUGGAGCUCCAGGGAAAAGUGGAUUCUCUGACGGAUGAGAUCAACUUCCUCAAGUGUCUUUACGAGGCAGAGCUGUGCCAGAUGCAGAAGACUGUGUCCGACACCUCGGUGGUGCUGUCCAUGGACAACAACCGGAGCCUGGACCUGGACAGCAUCAUCGCCGAGGUGAAGGCGCAGUACGAGGAGAUCGCCAACCGGAGCCGGCAGGAGGCCGAGUCCUGGUACCGCUGCAAGUACGAGGAGCUGCAGGCAACCGCGGGCAAGCACGGGGACAGCCUCAAGGACACCAAGAUCGAGAUCUCAGAGCUCAACCGCAUGAUCCAGAGGAUCCGGGCUGAGAUCGAGAAUGUGAAGAAGCAGUGCGAGACCAUUCAGACGUCGAUUGCGGACGCGGAGCAGCGCGGGGAGGUGGCUCUCAAGGACGCCAGGGACAAACUGACCGAGCUGGAGACAGCCCUGCAGAAAGCCAAGGCCGACAUGGCCCGGCAGCUCCGGGAGUACCAGGAGCUCAUGAACGUCAAGCUGGCCCUGGACAUCGAGAUUGCGACCUACAGGAAGCUGCUGGAGGGCGAGGAGUGCAGGAUGUCUGGAGAGUGCCAGAGCUCCGUCAGCAUCUCCGUGGUGGGCGGCAGCAGCUCCGUGGGAGGUGGAUACAACAGCGGAUUGUGCCUUGGAGGAGGAAUUGGCUUUGGAAGCGGGAAAGGCAGCUGCAACACGGGCGGUGCUGGUUUAUGCUUCAGCCUGGGAGGGGGUGGAUUUGGUGCUGGGAGUGGAUUUGGCUCCCUGGGUGGGGGAUCUAACUCCGUGGUGGUGGGGGGAUCCGGCAGCAUCCUGAAGAACAGCGGCCGGAGGGCGUAG